AUGUUAAAAGUACGUGGAUUUUCUCCUUGUCUUAAUCUAGCUUCUACUAAAUUUUUUAAUGCCUAUCAACCUUCUCAACCAUUUUUGCUUCCAACGACCAUUGUAGCUUCAAGUCAACGAGGUUUUCCUGCUCGUGGGACAAAACCAAAGAAACGAUUGAAUUUUGACUUUGAACACUUGAAAGAAAUAACAAAUGACGAAUACACAAUAAAACCACUUAAAAUUCGAAGGAUGGGAGGCCGAGAUCCAGAAACUAAACGAAAGUCCAAUAUUCACAUUGGACCAGGAGUGAGAUUUGAUUAUUUUAUGUUGGAUCUGCAUAGAAGAGGGCCUGCAAAUCCUGAGGAAACCUAUGAUGAGAGGGUAAUCGAGGUGCGUCAAGAUCCAAACAGAACACCGCAUUUGGCAUUGGUAGCAGGGGCCAAGGGAAAACGUUGGAUUUAUGCUACUCAAGGAAUGAAAGCCGGCCAGAUUAUAAGCACAUCAAGUCAAAUUCCAAAAUAUCCAACGCCUGGCAUUGAGGGAAAUGCAUAUCCACUAGGUGCUCUCUCGGAAGGGACUCUUGUUAAUACAGUCGAACUCUUUCCAACUGAAAAAUCGCACGUUUGUAUAACCGAAGCUGGAUCAUGUGGUGAAAUUGUUAGACAACAGGAUGAUUUUACUAUUGUAAAAAUGCCUAAUCAACAUGAAUAUGCGCUUAAAAAGACUUGCAUGGCAACUGUUGGAAAAUUGUCUCAUGAGGAUUACAGAUCAAAAAUUUAUGGUUCUGUCCAGAUGUAUAGACGUUUUGGUCAUCGAAUGGCUGGUAGUGAUCAUAAACCGAAAGACUGCUAUCAAGGCCGUAGAAUUCGUCCUUUACCGCCUGUUAGAGUUUUUGCUGAAGAAAAACCACCCCCUCCGCCUAAACAAAAGUUUACUUUUACCCGAAAGCAGCUUAGCGGUUUGUAUGGAAAUGCAGCAGUUGAUCCAUUAGUUGCUGAAUUUAAUAAUGUUAGCGUUCAUGAAUUGGCUGCGAUAUAUUCUAUUGAUGUUCGAUUGGUUGCUGUCUCAAAGACAUUCCCUGUCGACUCAAUAAUUGCGUGUUAUGAAAAAGGUCAAAGACAUUUUGGAGAAAAUUAUAUAGAUGAAUUGGAAUCAAAAGCUAAAGAAUUGGUUUCUCGUGGAGUUAAUGAUAUUAAUUGGCAUUUUAUUGGAAGGCUACAAUCUAAUAAACUCAAAAAAAUAUGUGAGAUUCCUGGCUUGUGGUGUAUUGAAACAUUGGACAAUAAAAAGCAUGCUGAUUUGCUUCAAUCGAUUUUGGGUAAAGAUAAAAAGCCUUUGAAAGUUUUUAUUCAAGUAAACACAAGUGGUGAGAAAAAUAAAGGAGGUGUGGAGCCUGAAGGACUUGAUGAGUUAGUUGACCAUGUUGAGGAGAAAUGUUCAUAUCUUUCACUUAUUGGUAAUUUUUGAGGAAAAUAGGGAUGGAUGUUGGUGUUUUUCGAUCUCGGCGCUGGGCCCUUUUUUUCAAACCUGCUGCUCUAAGCGUUAGGCUAGCCGAUCAAAUUAACGCCACUGUAAAUUAUAUGGUUAGAAAGAUCGAACCGGGCCUCGAUUAUUGGCCCGAGAAAGACUCAAACGGUCCGGUUCGAUAAAAAUGACGCCCUAAAAAAUGAUUUGAUGUCGGCCCGGUUCGAAAAAUC